AAUUUAUUUUCUUAUAAACUUAUCCAUCACAACUCACAAGUCAUGAACUAUAUAUAGAAAGUAACACGACAGUAAUAAUAUUAGUGAACCACUAGACUUUUCAGUAAGUGUGGUAAAUUCUGAAGACUAAAUAAUUUAGACUUAAUAUGUAUAUCUUUAUCUGAGGCCUAUAAUAUGUUUCAUUCAUGAACCUACGCAUUUUAAAAUGCUAUGUCAUAUGGACAAGAUUUUGAUCCAAAUUGAACUAUUUAUAAAUUACAACGUGUAUAUGAUUUUUAAAUUUUGGGGUACAAAUACCCCGGCUUAGAGCAAAAGUGGGCCUAACAAAUUUAAAGUUAAGACUUCAAAAACUUGGCCCAUGAAUAAGCCCAUUUAGGGUUAAAACAGUAGCCCAGACCCGGACUCUAAUUGCUCCGUAUUCUUCUUCUCUUGAGAGAGAGAGAGAGAGAGAGAGAGAGAGAGCAAUGGCGGCGAGUGAACACAGAUGCGUGGGAUGUGGUUUUAGGGUAAAGUCAUUGUUCAUUCAAUACUCUCCGGGUAACAUUCGUCUCAUGAAAUGCGGAAAUUGCAAGGAAGUAGCAGAUGAGUACAUCGAGUGUGAACGCAUGGUCUGUUUUAAUCACUUUCUUUCCCUUUUUGGGUGUUUCCCUAUUUCUUUCCAAUUUUGGUUUUUGGUUCUUUAAUUGUUUUCUUUGGCAGAUUAUUUUCAUCGAUUUAAUCCUUCACAGACCAAAGGUAUAUAGACACGUCCUCUACAAUGCAAUUAAUCCAGCAACUGUCAAUAUUCAGCAUCUGUUGUGGAAGUUGGUCUUCGCCUAUCUUCUUCUAGACUGUUAUAGAAGCUUGCUACUGAGAAAAAGUGAUGAAGAAUCGAGCUUUUCUGAUAGCCCUGUUCUUCUAUCUAUAAAGGUUCUGAUUGGUGUCUUAUCUGCAAACGCUGCAUUUAUCAUCUCUUUUGCCAUUGCGACUAAGGGUUUGCUAAAUGAAGUUUCCAGAAGAAGAGAGAUUAUGUUGGGGAUAUUCAUCUCUAGUUACUUCAAGAUAUUUCUGCUUGCGAUGUUGGUAUGGGAAUUCCCAAUGUCAGUGAUUUUUUUUGUCGAUAUACUUCUCUUAACAUCAAACUCCAUGGCUCUUAAAGUGAUGACUGAAUCAACAAUGACCAGAUGCAUAGCCGUAUGCUUAAUCGCGCACUUGAUUAGAUUCUUGGUGGGUCAGAUUUUUGAGCCGACAAUAUUUUUGAUACAAAUUGGAUCUCUGUUGCAAUAUAUGUCUUAUUUUUUCAGAAUCGUAUGAUCCCAUCAGCUUCCAGUAUAGUCUUUUGGUUUGAAGAUAAGAGAAACCUUUACAUUAUUAUACCAUACUGUAUUUUAUGACUAAGCCAAAUAUUAUCGCCACCAAAAAUUGAAUUAGACCUUACUAA